UUGAAACGUUACGGUUAUCUUCGGUUCUCAAGAGCGCGUCUCCCAAACGACAUUCAAUCUGAACUAACUCAACUCAACUCGGACUAGUUAGAGUAGUUAGAACGUGGCGGCAAACAUAAGAAUUCCUAUUCAGUUACAACAAAAAGUUUACAUUGUUUGAAAACUAAUUAAAAUUUUGCCUAGUCAUGUACCAAAGCGUAAUGAAAUAAAAAGAGAGGAAAACAAACUCCAACGUUAUAAAAAAUUCAACAGCUACAAAAAAAGGGCAAACCAAUUUCAAAAGCAAAAUGCUGAAAAUCUGCAUUUUUACAUUUGUAAUUGUGGCAGCAGCAGCGGCAGCGGCAGCAACAACUACAAUUGCGACAGCAACGGCAGCAACAACAAAGUCAGAAAGUCAAACCAUAACAAAUGACUUGGCAACCAGCAGCAGCAGCAGCAGCCACGCCUAUCAGCCCACCCCAACAGCCAACGCCCUUGCCUCGUCGCUGGUGGUCACAGAAGCCUCAAGCGAAAUGAAGCAUAACCAGACAACGAUGAAAAUUUCAACGGAAAUGCAAAAGGAGUCAGCGGAUGCGGAUGAAGGGAAUGAUGGCGAUGGUAGCUCUACCUCAACUUCAACCUCAACAGCCACGCCCACCACAACGGCCACAACCAGCACAACAACAACAGCGGCAACAACAAGAGCUACGGCAACAACAUCAUCAUCAUCAUCAUCAUCAUUGAAGUUAAUGACAACAACAUUGCCAUCCUCCACGCCAUCUCCACCUCUGAGUAGCAUUAAGGAUGCACUGCAGCGUCUCAAAUUGAGCGAAAUGCCAGCACCAGCAACCACAACAACAACAAUAGCAAUAACAACAACAACAACUGCAACCGAAGAACCUGAUGAAUUCACUUCCCCAUUGAAUAUACAAAUGCAAGCAGCUGCCUCAUAUCAAGUGGCCGAAACCCUAGCCGAUCUCAAUGAGGAAGAGCGUGCCCGGUACGAUGCCAUGUUGGCCCAACAGCCCACAGCAAGCAAAUUGAAUAUUGUGGAUUUAUAUCCGCUUAAAAUCGAAGAUAUGCAACCCAUAAUAGAAACCGAUAACGAGGAGUUGCUGCGACAGCGUACUAUAUUCACGCAACCCGAGAAUCUAGAAGAUUUUCGUCAGAAUCUUAUGCCAAACGAAGUGGAAAUGAUGCUGGGCAAUGAAGAUGUCGAUAAGCUGCUGCUAGUGAAAGAUAAAUUGACAACUAUGCCAAAUGAUUUUGCUGGCAAACUUUUGGCAGAUCAAGAUGAUUUAAUAACUGAAAUUGAGAAUAAAUUUCAAUUGCAUGAAACGACCACCGUCAGCUCCAGCUCCAGCUCCAGCACCACCGCGAAACCAGCCUCAUCGACUCUGUCGCCUCUACUGCUGCAACCUGGCGAUACUUUCAUAGACCGUCGUGUUAAGAAAAGUUUUGAAUUUCCCCUACAGCAUCGUGCUAGCGAUGUGAUGGCCAUGCCCCAUGUCGAUUUCGCCAAUACGAAGUUUCAAACAGACUCCAUGGACUCAAUGGGUGAUAAUGGAAAGGCAAAUGGGGGUGGUGGUGGCAAUGGUGGCGCCGCCAUGGCUGCGGCUACACAUCCGGAAUUUAGCACCACCAAAUUUUACAACAGCAAAGAGCUGUACAACGAAAUGUUACUUCAUAAUAAGCGCAAAAUGAUGAAAGAAACUAAGACAACGCCCACAGCUGGCAGCAUUAUAAAGUCAUCCUCAACUACAUCAUCGUCGGAGGCCACAACUUUGAGUUCGGCAGAGUUGAAAACAAGUCAACCAGCCACAAAGUUGUCCGUAGAACGUGUGACCUUAACUCCUGCAAUGGAAAGUUUUUCGCCCACAAUGGGAACAGCUACAACAACAACAACAUCGACAUCAUCAUCGACAACAACAACAAGUACGUUGAAACCAAGAAAAUAUCAAAAGGAGCUUAAGAGAGCCAAAUUAUUGCUCAAGGCUUUGACACCGCCCAAGCUCGACAACAAACUGGAAGUGGUGUCUGCCACCAAAGUCAAAAUAACAACAUUGUCCUCGUCGACAACAACACCAGCAGCAGGAACAACAACAACAACAACAGCAGCAUCACCACCGUCAGCAGCAUUGGAGUCUCACCACUUGGCCACUAUGGACACAGCUAAUCCUACAAAAGCGGCCUCAAAGCCAAUUGCCCGGCCGCGUAUUUUAAGUCGCCUACAGGAGAAAAUCAAUUCACUUGAAUGUGAGAUACAAACGGUUCCACAGGAUUCGCAUCUGUGGCGUGGCAAUGAAACCCAUGAAUUGCUCCUGCCCAUUGUGACUACAGAACAUUGUAAACCAGAUGAACAUUGUAUACCAAAUGUACUCACCUGGCGAGGUGAGGCUGAAAUCCAAUCGGGAGACAUUCUAAUUGUUGAGAUCAAUGAUGCCAUGUUGAAUCCGAGCCAUGAGCCCAACAAUACAAGCAGUGCCGUACAUGCCACACAGGUCUAUCAGGUAACACGCUCUGGCCACGAGCAUUGCGACGUUACCGAGGGCGUCCUACUCGAUAUAACUCCGCUGGUGGUCGAUGGCCGGAAACUGGUUACGUUGUACGAUAAGGACCUCACCGAGGGAGUUAACUUGCUAAUUGUGGUGUCCGAGCUGUGGGGAACACAAUGUGUCCGCCUAAAGGUGACCACGAAAACCGACAAUUGUGGCGAGAACGCCGAUUGCUCCGGCAAGGGAGUUUGCUACUCAAAUGGCAACAUGGAGGAGUAUGAGUGCCAAUGCUGCAGCGGUUUUGCGGGCCCGCAUUGUGAGGAGAUCGAUGCCUGUAAUCCCAGUCCAUGUACGAACAAUGGCAUCUGUGUUGACCUCUCGCAGGGCCAUGAGGGCAAUUCAUAUCAGUGCCUAUGUCCAUAUGGGUAUGCGGGUAAAAACUGUCAAUAUGAAUCGGAUCCCUGCAAUCCUGCUGAAUGCAUGAAUGGUGGUAGCUGUGUGGGCAAUUCAACGCAUUUUCGCUGCGACUGUACGCCCGGCUUCACAGGACCUCUCUGCCAGCAUAGUCUCAACGAGUGCGAAUCAUCGCCAUGUGUGCAUGGCAUUUGUGUGGAUCAGGAGGACGGAUUCCGAUGCUUUUGUCAGCCAGGUUUCGCCGGUGAAUUGUGCAACUUUGAGUAUAAUGAAUGCGAAUCGAAUCCAUGUCAAAAUGCCGGUGAAUGCAUCGAUCACAUUGGCAGCUACGAAUGCCGGUGCACCAAGGGCUACACGGGCAAUCGUUGCCAAAUAAAGGUUGAUUUCUGCGCCAACAAGCCGUGCCCCGAAGGACAUCGGUGUAUUGAUCAUGGAAAUGAUUUCAGCUGCGAAUGCCCAGGAGGUCGCAAUGGACCGGAUUGUAAUCAAAUGCCACGAACGUAUUUUCAGCAAUGCAAUGUGAAUCCUUGCACCCAUGGCGGCACUUGUUGGUCCAGCGGCGAUAGCUUCUACUGCGCCUGUCGUCCCGGCUAUACAGGAACUAUGUGCGAAGAUGAGUUUGUGGUAGAGACUGUCGUUAGCUCCAGUGAAUUUAUUGUCGACGAUGCCAACGCUAGAAAUUUUAAUGACAAAACUUUUGGUUCAUCGGUUGUGCUUAAGAGUCCCAUUGAAUUGCAUAAUGCAUAUUUUGCGGCUGGAGUUUUGGCGGCCGCCAUUUUCAUCGUUGCCAUUGUGGUCACCAUCUGUCACUGCAAGGUCAAUCAGACGUAUCGAAAAUUCUCCGCACGUUCCACAUCGUUUAUACCCAUUUUGGGCUUCAGUCGACGACCCAAAAUGCAAGGCAAACUCAAUAAACAUUGGCUAAGUGGCAAAGGGCUGAAUGGUCCGGCGGCGGAAAAUGCAACGGGAGCAGCACAAGCACAGGGCAAUGGCAGGAAUGGCUGUGGCUCCACCUCCACCUCCACCUCCUCGUCGGCGACACAGUCAACGCGUCACUUGCCCUGUCAGCCAAAUAAUGGCUCAAGUUCGCAGACACAGACCACGCUGGGUGGCCAAUUGCAAGAGCGUCCGCCAUUCCAACGCCAUUUGGCCAUGAAUCUCGAGAAUGACAUGUAUUACACUGUGGACUUUAGUGAGAAUUCGCAGCACUCGCCGUUAAUACAGUGAGACUUGGUUCACCCCGGAGCUGUAGCGGAUGGAUGUGGAUACAACAACACUGAGGCAACUGAAGCUGUUGUUGGCACUGGUAGCGAUGGUGGCUGGUUAGUUAAAUUUACGCCCGUAGCGGAAGGGCGGAGGGAGUGCUUGGAACUGGCACUGCAGUCGACUGCAGAGAGAAUCUAAGGCAAAUGUGUAGUAAGCUCACCACACUUGUGAGUAUGUAAUUAUUUUCCAUGCUACUACUCGUUCGAAUAUUUCAAAUAUGUGAACAGUAUUGAUAAUAAUAACUAAAGCAUAAACUUAUUAUGGGAUGAUGGGUUUAGGUUGAUGUCAAAAUUAACUUUAACUUUAUGAUUAUAUACUAAUACAAUACUAAUAUUUAUGAUUAAUAUUGUCAUAAUAGGCUUACCCACAAACUUGUUUAUCAAGGUUUAUUUGAGCUAAGCACACACAUCCACAAAACCCAUAUGUACACACACACACCCAUAAACACACAAACACACUUGAAGGUUUUGUAUGUAUGCAAAGUAUAAUGUGUGCAAAUGAUUAUGUUUGACUAUAAAAUACAGACAAAAUGAGGCUAAAAUGCAUUAAAACUCUUUAUGCCAGACACAGAAGGCCAUUUCGACCAUGAU